AGUAUUAGCUUUAAAUGGCUAAAAGGGCCAUGUUUGGCUAAAAAAAGAUCACACUAGAUGACUGUGUGUGUAUUUUUACAGUAAUUGGUGUUAUCCAUAGUAACCCACCGUACUCCGACAACAUGAACAGACCUUGGUGUUAGCCCUACUGCGGAAAAAAAUAAGCAUGUCUGGCUAUUUCUCGUUACAGAGAAAACGAUUUCGCGGAUAUUUUGGCUUAAAGGAGGAGAAGGAACGCUUUUGAUGGACAUUAGUUUAAUAAAACCUCCACACAUGCUCUUCAGGAAGCCAGGCUGUCAUUUUGCCUCAGAAAUUCACAGGGUGAGGUCAUUGUGGAGGGAAACACUGGGGUCUGAACGGCCAGGCUGCGGUGUGUAUAGCCCCAAACAUUCAUAUGUAAACUUGAACACCAUCUGUCCCAGCAGUGGCUGUUGGCACAAUGGGGCUGGACUUUGACGUGAAGACAUUCUGCCACAACCUGCGGGCCACCAAGCCCCCUUAUGAGUGUCCCGUGGAGACUUGCCGUAAGGUCUACAAGAGCUACAGUGGCAUCGAGUAUCACCUUUACCACUAUGACCAUGACAACCCAACUCCUGCCCAGGCUGUGCCUCAGAAGAAGAGGAAGGGACGUCCUCCUCGUGCCUCGCUGACUGGUUCAGGGGAUACGGAUGAUGGCGGGGGUAACGGAGGAGGAGGACUGGGUCAUGGAGGGAACACGCCUGUUAGCCCCAACCGAUCAGAACGCUCCCAUUCCCCGGGGAGAGAGACCAUGACCUACGCCCAGGCACAGCGCAUGGUUGAGGUGGAGAUUCAAGGACGCAUUCACCGCAUUAGCAUCUUCGAGAAUAUAGAUGUGGUGUCAGAUGAAGACAGUGAUGCAGAAGACGCUCCUUCAUCUGGAACUGGUAAUAGUGGUGGCGGCAUGUGUAAUGGUAGUGACGGUGGAGCCGGGGGCAGCGAGUUAGGAGGGAGUGGCAAGGACCGCUCAGAUAUCCCAUCUUCUAAUGGGGGAAAAUCCACGCCAAAGACUGGGAAACAUAAGAGCAAAGCCAAGAAGAAGGAUGGCUUAUCUCAUCAUCACAGCGCUCAGUCUGGUCCUGCAGUCAAGCUCCCGGAGGCUGUGUUCAGAGAACUCGACCAAGACCGACCUGAUGCCCCACCUCGGCCAUUAUCAUACUACAGGUACAUUGAUAAAUCUGUGGAGGAGCUAGAUGAGGAGGUAGAGUAUGACAUCGAUGAGGAGGACUACAUCUGGCUUGAUAUCAUGAAUGACAAGCGGCGGCGUGACGGUGUGACACCCAUCCCUCAGGAGGUUUUUGAGUAUCUCAUGGACCGCUUAGAGAAGGAGUCAUACUUUGAGAGCCACAAUAAGGCGGACCCCAGUACCUUGAUUGACGAAGAUGCCGUCUGCUGCAUCUGUAACGAUGGAGAGUGUCAGAACAGCAACGUGAUUUUGUUUUGCGACAUGUGUAAUUUGGCAGUACACCAGGAGUGCUAUGGCGUUCCCUAUAUCCCGGAGGGCCAGUGGUUAUGUCGCCGGUGCCUGCAGUCGCCGAGCCGAGCUGUGGACUGUGCUCUGUGCCCGAACAAAGGAGGUGCUUUCAAGCAGACAGACGACGCACGCUGGGCCCACGUAGUGUGCGCCCUCUGGAUCCCAGAGGUCUGCUUUGCGAACACAGUCUUUCUGGAGCCGAUCGAUAGCAUCGAGCACAUCCCUCCUGCACGCUGGAAGCUCACCUGCUACAUCUGCAAACAGCGUGGAUCGGGCGCCUGCAUCCAGUGUCACAAAGCCAACUGUUACACAGCUUUCCAUGUCACCUGUGCCCAGCAGGCAGGCCUCUAUAUGAAAAUGGAGCCUGUAAGAGAGACUGGGGCCAACGGUACCUCUUUCAGCGUACGCAAGACGGCAUACUGUGACAUCCACACGCCCCCCGGUUCAGCACGUCCUUUAGGAGGAGUAGGUGGGGCCAGCAUGGGGUCAUCUAACAGCGAGGGCGAGCUGGAGGAAGAUGACGAGCCUAGCAUCGGCCAUGAUGAUGACUCUAAGGGCUGGAGCUCUGAGCGGGUGAAGAGGGCAAAGGCCAAAUCCAGGCUGAAGAUGAAAAGAGCCAGAAAGAUCUUAGCUGAGAGGAGAGCUGCUGCACCAGUGGUGUCAGUGCCCUGCAUACCACCCCACAGGUUGAGCAAAAUCACCAGCAACCUGACGGUACCCAGGAAAAGCCAAUUCAUGCAACGACUUCACAGCUACUGGACGCUGAAGAGGCAAAGUCGGAACGGUGUGCCUCUUUUGCGCCGGCUUCAGACACACUUGCAGUCACAGCGACACAUUGACCCACUCCCACCACAGCCUGCGUCACAACCUUCCUCGAGAGAUAGCGAGGAGAAACAGACCGCUUUAAAGGAGCAGCUAAAAGCAUGGCAGAGGCUGAGACACGACCUGGAAAGAGCGAGGCUACUGGUGGAGCUCAUCCGAAAGAGGGAGAAGCUCAAGAGGGAGACGAUUAAAGUGCAGCAGAUGGCGCUGGAGAUGCAGCUGACUCCCUUCCUGGUGCUGUUGAGGAGUACCUUGGAACAGUUACAGGAGAGAGACACUAACAACUUUUUCACUGAGCCUGUGCCUCUGGCAGAGGUGCCAGACUACCUGGACCAUAUUGACACUCCAAUGGACUUUCAGACCAUGUGGAACUUGCUGGAGUCUCACCGCUACCUCACUUUUGAGGCCUUUGAGGCCGAUUUUGGGCUCAUUGUCAACAACUGUCUCAAGUACAACGCCAAGGACACAGUCUUUUAUCGCGCUGCCUUGCGGCUCAGAGAGAUGGGCGGGGCUGUCAUAAGAACAGCCAGGCGACAAGCUGAACGGAUCGGCUUCGAUUACGAGACCGGCAUGCAUCUACCACGAGAGCCGAGCCCGGAAAGCCAGCGUGAGCAAGAGAGAGACAGAGAGCGGGAGAGGGAGCGAGACAGGGAUAGAGAAAGAGAUCGACCGUUGUCUUCUAAUGAAGAUGACCUGCUCCUGCCAGAGAACAGGCGGCGGUUACCACUGGAAGAGCAGCUGCAUUACCUGCAGGCCCGUCUCGAUGAGGUCAGCUCAGGGAAGCAUAGCAUUGGCCAGUCUCGCAGAGCCAAGGCCCUAAGAAAGGAGAUCAGUGUGAUCAAGAGGAAGCUUGCACACCAGCGUGAAGGAGGCUCUGGCAUGGGGGGCCGGGACUCUGUGGGCGGAGGAGACCGGAGUUCUUCUCUUCCCCAUCAUUCAUCAUCUGCAGGACACCACGAUGAGGGGGGAGAGAGCAGCAGCCAGGAGAUUGGUGGAAAGGAUCUGAAUGUGUCCUCAUCCCUGACUCCAGAGGUGGGGCGUCGGACAUCUGUCCUCUUCUCCAAGAAGAACCAAAAAAUAGCUGGACCCCCCAAAAGGCCGGGACGCCCACCCAAAAACAGGGAUGCGGGUUAUGGUGGGGCAGGGGUGAGCCAAAGUCCUGUUGGUCCCCCACAACUCCCCCUGCUGUCACCAAGCAGGCACAGGAAACGUCCCCGCAGCCCUCACACCAGCUCCAGCUCUGACAGCGACAGUGACAAUGAUGACCUGCUGCCAGGACUGCCAACUAAUGGCUUUGAUACAGGAAACCAGCCAGUAACGGAAAGCUUCCGCGUGUACAGAAGCGAACCUCAUCUCCCUCGUUCAAGCUCAGACUCCGAGUCCACAACCAGCAGCAGCAGCAGUGCAGCUUCAGACAGGACCAGCACGACUCCCUCUAAGCAGGGCAGAGGAAAGGCGUCGUUCUCACGCGCUUUCCAGGAAGAUAGCAGCGAGGAAACGUCAGGCACAGAAAAUGAUUCCUACUCAGUCGGUGGCUCGAGGGGUGUUUCACACUUGGUUCGUGGCCGGGACAGGUCGGGGUGCUGGAUGGCCUCAGAUGAUUAUUCUUCUCUGGAAGCUUUAGACCUGGUCUGGGCCAAGUGCAGAGGCUAUCCCUCAUAUCCUGCUCUGAUAAUUGACCCAAAGAUGCCCAGGGAGGGGGUGUUCCACCGAGGUGUCCCAAUCCCUGUCCCCCCUCUGGAUGUGCUGAAACUUGGGGAGCAAAUGACCCAGGAGGCCAGGGAGCACCUGUUCCUGGUCCUCUUCUUUGACAACAAGAGAACAUGGCAGUGGCUUCCGCGCUCUAAGCUGGUGCCUCUGGGCGUUGACCAAGAGCUGGACAAAGAGAAGAUGCUCGAAGGCAGGAAGUCCAACAUCCGCAAAUCAGUGCAGGUGGCCUAUCAUCGUGCCAUGCAGCACCGCAGCAAGGUGCAGGGGGACCCCAGCAGCGAAACCAGUGACAGUGACUGAACACAAACACACACGAACGCUAGAGAGCCCAGCCCUACAUCAUAGAUCACAAAGAAGAAGAGAAAAAAAACAGUGCCAGUAACAAGGAGUGGGGGGAAGAAAAAAAUCCACUAUCUUGGCCCCGUGAUAUUCACACUCAUGCACACUAAGCCGUAUUUAAUCCGACAUGUAAAAUAUUGUAUUUAAGAGAAUUGAUAAAAAAAAAGAGAAAAGAAAUGGAGAAAUAUGCUAUGUUCAGAAUCAUGAAUCGGAAUAUUCCUUGUAUGUGGUCGAUAUAUGUUUAAUAACAAAUGAGAUAAUGGUUUACAGACUCACAAAAUGAACAUAGUAUUACUCUAUGAAGUAUACACAACUGCCUUUCCCUGUUUUUGUUUUUGUUUUUUGUUGUUUUUGUUUUGUUCUUUUGGGGUUUUUCUCGCACAGUCACACAGGUAGUCUCAUAUGUAAACAGGGAAAUGUGUGUCGUGUACGUCGAAUGCACACACUGUGGAUAUUUCACAACGCCAGCACGUCUCACAUUCAUCAUCCACCUCCGCAAAAGGAAAACGGUGACAGGCCUGGUGCUAUUGUCUAAGUCAUUUUUCAGAGGAGCACAAAGAGACUGUCGCAGCCCACUUUUGGGGCAUACCAACGUUACUGUAAUUUAUUCUGCUGACUUCUCAUUAACAAGGUCCACAAGCUUGUUUCGUCACGGACUACUUCUAAUCACUCCACCUGCACUGGACAUCACGGUGCAGUCUCUUUUGUCUGUCAGUACGUGUCCAUCAUGUUUCCUGUUUUUACGGUUUUGUUAAGAUAUGUACAUGUCACACAGGCCACUUGGUCAAUGAAAAAUGAGGACUAAACUGAAACACACAAUUGCCUCACUGUCUGUCUUAGUAUCAGGCUGAUGGCUUUAGAACUUUUAUAUAAGCAGAUUGCAUAACAAUAGAGGUUUAAUAAAAAAACAGAAAAGAAUUGA